CCUGCUUCCGCCGCGGUUCCUCUUCCUGCGGGAACCUGGGAACCGUGCGCCCCGCGUCCCCACCAUCUAGAGGCCUGAACUCUCGCGACUUCGGAGCGGGUGCGCCCUACUCCCCGCACCCGAGAGCUGCACCUUGCCACCCGGGGCGCCCGUAGCCCUCGAGUCCCCGCAGAACCGGGUCUAUAGUGCCACCUUCCCCGCUGCGUCCCCGCCAUGGCCGCUCCAGACUUGUCCACCAACCUCCAGGAGGAGGCCACCUGCGCCAUCUGCCUCGACUACUUCACCGACCCGGUAAUGACAGACUGCGGCCACAACUUCUGCCGGGAGUGCAUCCGGCGCUGCUGGGGCCAACCCGAGGGCCCGUACGCUUGCCCCGAGUGCCGCGAGCUGUCGGCGCAGAGGAACCUGCGGCCCAACCGCCCGCUCGCCAAGAUGGCAGAGAUGGCUCGGCGCCUGCACCCGCCGUCGCCAGUCCCGCAGGGCGUGUGCGCGGCGCACCGCGAGCCGCUGGCCGCCUUCUGCGGCGACGACCUCAGCCUGCUGUGCGCCUCCUGCGAGCGCUCGGAACACUGGGCGCACCGGGUGCGCCCGCUGCAGGACGCGGCCGAGGACCUCAAGGGAAGGCUGGAGAAGUCCCUGGAGCACCUGCGGAGACAAAUGGAGGAUGCGCUGCUGUUCCAAGCUCAGGCAGAGGAGACCUGUGCCUUGUGGCAGAAGAUGGUGGAGAGCCAGCGGCAGAAUGUGUUGGGUGAGUUUGAGCGGCUGCGCCGCCUGCUGGCAGAGGAGGAGCAGCAGCUACUGCAGAAGCUGGAGGAGGAAGAGCUGGAGGUGCUGCCUAGACUUCGAGAAGGUGCCGCGAGGCUGGGCCAGCAGAGCACUCAGCUGGCUGCCCUCAUCUCGGAGCUCGAGGGCCGCUGCCAGCUGCCGGCGCUGGGGUUACUGCAGGACAUUAAGGACGCCCUGUGCAGGGUACAGGAUGUGAAACUACAGCCUCCAGAGGUGGUGCCCAUGGAACUGAGGACCGUGUGCCGGGUCCCCGGGCUGGUGGAGACCCUGCGGAAGUUCCGAGGGGACAUGACCCUGGACCCAGAAACUGCCAACCCGGAGCUGGUCCUCUCUGAGGACUACAGGAGCGUGCAACGUGGUGACCAGCGGCAGGCCCUGCCCGACAGUCCUGAGCGAUUCGACCCUGGCCCUUGCGUGCUGGGUCAGGAGCGCUUCACCUCUGGCCGCCACUACUGGGAGGUGGAGGUGGGGGACCGCACCAGCUGGGCACUUGGUGUGUGCAGAGAGAAUGUCAACCGGAAGGAGAUGGGGGAGCUGUCCGCUGGCAACGGGUUCUGGAUCCUGGUGUUCCUGGGUAGUUUCUAUAACUCCACCGAGCGGGCCUUCUCCCCACUCCGGGACCCACCCAGGCGCGUGGGGAUCUUUCUGGACUAUGAGGCUGGUCACCUCUCGUUCUAUAGUGCCACAGAUGGGUCGCUGUUGUUUAUCUUCCCAGAGACCCCCUUCUCGGGCACACUCCGACCCCUCUUCUCACCUCUGUCUAGCAGCCUGACCCCUAUGACCAUCUGUCGGCUGAAAGGAGGGCCUGGGGACGCCCCGGUUCCCCAGUGACUUGGACCCUCUGGGGGGAGUCCCUUGACCUCUUCUGGUCUGAUGUCCUGGCUCCUGGACCGAUUGGCCACGUGGCAGACCCAGGAACUGGAUGUUAUUCUGUGAGCAGUAGGAGGAACACAGUGCCUUCUGAACCCAAGUGAGAAACCAGAGUUCUGAUUCAGACGAUGCAGAUGGGGUGGGCUCUGUCUUCACUGUGGGGCCCCUCUUGGCCACCAAUGCCACUUAGUGCCAAAAGCCCUCACCAAAGCACUGAGCCGUGUGUGUCACCGGCACCUCCGGCUCAAGGUUCCAGUAAUGUCACAGGCCUUUCCAGAAACAAUCCAGGUCUGCCCACCCUGCCAUGGGCAGCCUGACCUGCCUACCAACAGACAGCCACUCCAACUCAGAAGAUGCCUGGUAAGGGAGCUGGGGGUGGAACACCAGCUUCAAGCCCACUAGCAUCUCAGGAUUUGGACUCAUCUAUGGGAAGGCUGGUAAUUACCACCCUGGGUGU